AUGUCAGGUGCAAUUCUUACAUUGUGGGUACAUGAUACGUCAUUUUCUAAUCAUGAUGUCAUUAUUAAUGAUGAUCUUGUACCUGGGUUGAGUGCAGGAGAUGCAAUUGAAAUUCGACAAACGAAUCAAGAAUUAUCUCCACGUAUGGUAGAAACAGGCGGAAAAUAUGGAAUAAAUAGGAAUCAAAGGCGUAUUUUUGUGAUUCCAACAUUUCUAGAAGGUGAUUUGAAGAAGAAACAAUCAAAUUUACAGAUUUCAAUUUCAACAACGGUUUCAACAACAUUUGGAUUAAGAAAUAGAAUAUAUGUAAGAGUUACAGUAGUUAAAGAAAAAGAAUCUAUUUCUGCAGAUCAUAUUGUUAUUUAUUUCAAAGAUCAAUACAUUUCACGUUCUGAUAUGUGGAAUUUGUCUCGAGACUUGCAAGGAAAAUGUAUAUGGAAAGGAGAAAAAAUACUCUUUGCUGGAAGUUUACGUGCAGAAAUUAGAGAAAUUUGGAUAAAUGGGAAAAAAAAAUGCUCGGCAUACGUUUCGACUAAAACAAAACCAAUUUUUCGAUCAGAGAGUGCAAGGUAUUUUUUAUUUCUUCAAAUGAGUAAAGAAAUGUGGGAAUUUGAAGAAGAUGGAGAACUUUUUUUUGACAAAGCAGUUGAUGGAUUUUUACCUGAACUUUUUAAAAGAUGGAAAAACAUGGGUACACACCAUAGUGUUACAAUAAUUCUAUUUACUAGAAUCUAUUAUGAGAAUACGGGGUCUUUUAAUCUUCCUCAAUCUCAAGAAUAUCAUUGUUCAUCUCGAAUUCAAAAAAUCACAAGAAAUUAUAAAGAUUAUUAUGAAACAUGCCCAGAAUAUUCUCUGGAUUUUUUUAAAAUUGUAGUAAAUAAUUUAUCCUCAAAUGAAUGCAUGUCAACUAUAUCAGAAUUAAAACAAGAACUUCAAAAAUUUAAAAGAGACAUUAUGACGCAUAAAAAAGUCAAUGAAUUAUAUCAAGAAAAUACUGAUUUAGCUUUCGCCAGUAUGUCAUAUGCAUUACAAGGAAAUGUCCUUGAAGCAAUCAACAUUGUAACUAAACAAUUGUGCAAUGAUUAUAUUGACUAUGAUCUUUUGAAAACUGGUACAAGUAUUAUCAUUGUAACUCCAGGGACAGGUCAUUUUGAAGUAGAUGAAAAAAUGCUCGAAAUUACAGCAGAAAAUCUUAUUAAUAAUGGCAUAGGAAUCGAUUUUAUAUGUUUAAGUAAACCUCCACUUCAUAUAGUUCCUUUAUUCAAAUAUAAAAAAAAAUCUAAUAAAACAAAUAAUUCUCAGGACAAAGAAGAUUUAAUGAUACAAUCAUCACAAAAUUUAAACUCCAAUUCUAGCUCUUAUAAUAAAAACUUUUUCAAUUGUUUAAAACAAUAUGAUUCGUGGAUAUAUGCAAUUCCAUAUUUUUGUCAAAUUAAUUAUUGGAAUUAUAAAACAAAAAAACAAAAUACUUUUGUACCAAGUUGUAAAAUGCAUGAAUUACAAAUGAUGGGGAUAAUGGAAAAUGAAGUUAGUAAAAUUGCUAUUGAAUAUUUACCUGAAGUUAAUUCUUUCGAUAAUGAAAAUGAAAUAUCUUUUUAUUGUGAAAAAUAUGAUGAAAAUGUUUUUAAAAUUAAUAAAAAGGUUGAUUCUUUUUUAAACAUAGGAAAUUUAGAUCAACAUAAUGAAAAAUUAAUAAAGAAUCAAGGUUUUAUUCAAAAAAAUGGAUCAGAAAACAUUGCGUUUCUAAAUAAAAACAUAAAAAAUAAAGAGAAAAAUUUUAAAGAAUCCAAUCAAUCAUAUACUGAACAUAAAAAAACAUCCAACUUUGUAUCUAAAGCUCAUACUCUCUCAAAAAAAUACUUGAUACAAAACCUUUCAAAUAUGGGAGAUUUAUUUAAUAACCAAUAUCUAAAAAGUGUUCCAAGCACUACUUCUAUUUCUUCUUUAUCGGCGUUAGUGAGGCUUUCUAGUAAGAAAACUACAAUAAAAAAUAAAGAAUUGGAGCGCAAUGAAGCUGAUUCACAUGUAGCUCAAAAUAGCUCUCUAUGUUUUCAUACUUCUGAACCUAGGUUUUUAGAUUCUAAAAAGGAUUUUACAAAAAACAAAUCUAGUACUAAUAUAUUAAAACAGUCGGAAAAAAACUCAACUAUUAGAAUGCCUUUUUCCUCUGAAAAGUUUCAGAAAUUUAAACUUAAAAAAAAUCCUCCAUGGCACAUUAUUCAAUAUCCUUCUAAUCCUUUAUGUAAUCAUCCUCCUUCAGACGUCUAUUAUAGAAGAUGGAAAGAUGUUCAUACAAAACAAAUAAAUAUGAAAAAAAUCAACUGGCCCUCAAUUUGUAGUCCAGCAUCAUUACCUCUUUCAACAGAAUACUUUCCUAGUGCUGAAGAAUUGCAGGAAUUUUAUCAAGAUUAUACAUAUACAAUCACUAUUGAUCCUGAAAAAGUUAAUUUUGAUCAAAAAUCUCUUUUAAUAGAACUUGUGAACUUGCGCCUUGAUCAAGGAUUUCAAAUAGUUAUUGGUAAUUCUGUAUUAGCUGAUGAUCCUAACCAAAUUGUGUUAUCUCAAAAAAACUCUGUAGUGUCUAAAUUAAAUAAGAAAAAUAUUCUUGAUGGACCUUUAGAUAUUUUUAACAAAACGAUAUAUUUAACUCUUGGUGAUUGUCAAUUUCAUAAAAUAACUUGCGACUUUUCUGGACAUAAUAUUGAAGUAAAAAGAUAUGUUAAAAAAUAUAAUCCUAUUGAAACAUUAGAUUAUAAAUAUCAUAGUUGGCUAUCAUUCGAUAACGGUUAUGAACUUAGAAAUAUUUCUUUCUUUUCUCAUUCAUAUGAAAGUCAAAAUUGGAAUUAUGCCGAUCAAUUAAUAGCUGGACAAGAAGAUAACUUAAAUGAUUCGAUAAAAUAUUGGAGAUAUCGUUAUAUUUUUGUUCCUAUGGAUAUUAAACCAACUCCUGUUCAGCAAAUUCUGACUUAUUCCAAUACUAAUACUUUAGAUCUCUUAAAUGAUGAAGAGAUUAGGAUCCUUGGUAUACUUAAAAUUUACGAGUUAAUAAAAAAAGGAGAUUAUUUUAAUUUAACUGAAAAAGACAAAGUUAAACAUGUACCCGGGAAAGACUCUAACCAUUUGGACUUAAUUUUUACUACAUUAAAUACUUCUGCUUUUAUUAUACAAGAAUUGGAAAACUUUGAUUCUGAUUAUAAUUUUCAGAGCAAAGAAAAUUCAAUAACAAAUGAAAAACUGAAAAUGUCUGAUGCAAAAUUGAGCAAUAUUGCACAAGAAAUACAAGGUCCUAAAGGCAUUAAAUUCCAAGAUCGUCGAUGGCAUUUAAAAUUGCAUGAGAAUUGUUUUAUUGGUAUGGAUUUGGUUACAUGGUUAGUAGACAAUUUUUCAGAUAUUUCAACAAGAGAAGAAGCUGUUUAUUAUGGUAAUGAGCUACUUUCUAAAGGGUUAUUCGAACAUGUUAAUAAAAUCCAUCAGUUUUUGGAUGGAUAUUUUUUUUAUCGAUUGAAGCCUGAAUACUCACCAUCAAAAACUUCAAAAAGUUGGUUUGGAACACGGAAAGUUACACCUGUUAAUGCUGUUUCUGAAAAUUCUUCAAGAUCGGAUUCUAUUAUUAUAUCAAAUAAUUUAACUCCAGUAGUUACUGGGAAAUUGCCACGAAUAGAAUUAAGUAAGUAUUUGAUAUACGAUGUUGAUCCACAAAAACAAAGCUAUAGACCUGAAUGUAUAAGACUACAUUAUGAUAAAAUUUAUAAUCCAAAAACAUGUUAUCAUAUUCAUGUAGAAUGGGUUAAUACAACAUCUCGUCUCGUUGAGAAUACGAUACAAUUUUGGAGAAGAGUUGCAGAAAAAUAUGGUCUUAAACUCGUUGAAGUACCUAUAGAUGAAGCGUAUAAAAAUAGUGACAAUAAUCCGCUUCAAUCAGCUAUUUCAAUUAAAUUAGCAUUAUCGCCACCUCCUAUUCCUCAAUCUAUGAAGUCAGAUCAAGAUUUAGCAAGCGACCCAAAUUUUUGGUGUAUUCUUCUAUUAAAAAAAUUUGAUUUUAUACUAGAUUUUGAGUCAAUUGAUAGAUUUCCAAAAUCCAUUGAUGUAAUAUAUUCAUGGGGAAAACUUUAUAAAUAUUCCCAGUAUAUUCAUAAAUCGGGUGCAGCUCUUGCCCAAAUUAAAAAUGAUAAUACUAUUUUAUGGCUAACAAAUCAGUUAUAUUUAUCAAGAAUUGGAUCUAUGACAUCUGUUUCAAACCAAUUCAAUAUGGAAUCACAAAGGACUUUUAAAGAUUUAACUCUAGAGCUAAAUAAACUCUGUAUUGAUUUUAUAAAGUUUUGUUCAGAUAAAGCAUCUUUAGGAAGUUUUUAUGAAGAAAUUUUAACUAAAUAUACCCCAAAACAAAUAAUAAAAGAUUUUGAAUAA